UUUAUAGUUAUACUCCUCAUUGAAACCAGUGAUUUAUAUUUGCUUAUAAUCUGUUUAGAGAUCUUUAGAGGCUUUAGAGAUCUCAUGCAGUUACAUCAUUAAUCAUAAUUUAACGCUCUGCCGCUUUUACAUAAUGAUUAGCCAAUGAAUUCUAAUUAUGUAUGCGUAUAUCAUAAUAUUUACACCGUAUCCUAGCAACCCAUGGUUGAACUGCAGGCAAGAUCGAGCGCGUUUGAAUAUAAACUUUAAACGCAUGCGCAAAAUUACAUAUGAUCCGAAAUAUUCAUGUUUGCACCACAAGCCGCAGGAGCAUUUUAGCUGCAUAUAAUCUAACAAAUUUUGCAAAUAUAAAGUUGAAAUUGUAAACUGCGACAAGAGGCUGCUAAAGAGUAAAGCGUAAAGAGGUUAAAGAGAGUUACUUCAAGGUAAGAUGUUGAAUAGUUUAUUUUAUUGCGAAUUACAUAAACUGAUAUGAUAUAAUAAGUGCAAAGAAGUCGAUUCCUAGUAGUUGCUGUGCCCUUGCUGCCUGCACCUAUGAAGAAAUAUCUGAGGUGCCCCUUGGGAAAGUCAUGCAACGAACGGAGAAGCGGAUUCCUAGUAGUUGCUGUGCCCUUGUUGGCUGUACCUAUGAAGAAAUAUCUGAGGUGCCCCUUGGGAAAGUCAUGUGACGAACGGAGAAGCCGAUUCCUAGUAGUUGCUGUGCCCUUGUUGGCUGUACCUAUGAAGAAAUAUCUGAGAAUGGAUUAUGCCUGCAAGACUUGUUCGAAGAAGUUCACUCAGUUGAGAAGUUUAAUUCGCCACGAACGCUCUACCCAUGGAGAAAAGAAGUUAUUUAUCUGUGAACAGUGCAAUGAGUCUUUUACACGAAGAGAUGCUGUCAAACGGCAUGAAAAGCGUCAUCAAAAGAUCACUACGUAUACCUGUAACAACUGUAGAAAAGAAUUCUACCGUCACGACAAAUUAGUGGAACAUCAAAUUCCUUGUCAAGGAAAUCCCUUAAAACGAAGACCUGAUGAAGAUGAUAGCGGUCCAGUUCCAAAGAAGGCACGAGCUGAUAUUCAAAUUGGAAAAGGGGAAACAGCUAGCCAGGUUGAAGAAAACGACAACAACCCUUGCGGUUCAACAACAGCUUUUGAAGAUUCCUUGAAGAAAAUCGAACUGAGACCACGAAAAAACCAAAAACACGACAUGUCUCAGUUCUUGCGUGGUAAGACAAAGCCCAUUUUGAAUCACCUUUCGAAAGAGUUGGGAAAGAAACGGGGUAUUAAAUGGUUUGUUAACGUUAAAGUACGGUUUGUAAAACAUAAACCCGAUGGCGAAGAUUUAAUAACCGAGCCUCAUUUUCGCAGUCUCUGUAUGAAAACAGUUAAUCAGCACGAACUGUCUAAUCAACUGGAUGAAGCGAAGCAGAAAAUUGUCCAGUCGCUGGUGUUAUUUCAAAAAGAAGGAAGUGGUUGGAUAUUAGACGAAAUCCUUCAUCUUGACCUUUGCAUGGCCAAGUAUACUCCAGUAAAAGGAUCCAGUUACGUCCCACUACCUAGAACUAUUGCAGGAAAGAAAGCAGUGAUCAACGUUAAGAAUUCCGACAACAAAUGCUUCAUGUGGGCCGUCCUUGCUGCUCUUCAUCCUAUUCACUGGAAGAAUAACCCGGAAAGAUUACAUCACUAUGAAAAUUUUCAAGAUGAAUUAAAUUUUAAUGGUAUUGAAUUUCCCGUGACUAUUGAUAAAAUUAACAGAUUCGAAAAGCAGAACAAUAUCUCAAUUAACGUUAUUGGCUUUGAAGAUAAAAUACUAUUCCCAAUCUACGUAACGAAAGAGCGCUUCAACAAUCAUGUUGACUUGUUGCUAUACUCUGAAGGUAAUGCGAGACAUUACUGCCUCAUUAAAAAUUUAAACAAAUUGCUCUACAGUCAAAACCAUCAUAAAGCACGGAUGUUUUACUGCCGCUAUUGCUUUCAUGGAUUUAUCCGCGAAGACUUGCUUCAAGAGCAUGAACCACACUGCUGUCAACAUGCAGCUCAACGCAUCGAACUCCCGACUGAAGAGAAUGCUCAACUGUUCUUUAAAGACUACCAUAAACAGUUGAAAGUUCCGUUUGCGAUUUACGCCGACUUCGAAAGUCUUACCACCAAGAUCAACUCAGUUAAUCCUAAUCCUGAAAAAUCCUCCACUGAGAAAUACCAAAACCACCAACCUUAUGGAUUUUCCUACAUUGUUGUAUCCGACCAUGAGAAGUAUUGUAAAGCGCCUGUAGUUUAUCGUGGAGAAGACGCAGUCGACGAAUUUUUGAAGUGUUUAGAAGAAGAGCAGAAAUAUAUUCAAGAGAAACUGGAUUGGAUCGAGCCCAUGCGAAUUGAGAGAGAAGAAGAGCAAGCGUUUCAAGAUGCAGUCCAUUGUCAUAUUUGUGGAUAUGAAUUGGGUUCUGACCGUGUUCGUGACCAUUGUCAUCUUUCUGGAAAGUACCGCGGAGCUGCGCACAACGAUUGCAAUUUGAACUAUAGUUUUACCGGCCGAAUUCCUGUUAUUCUUCACAAUCUACGUGGGUAUGAUUCUCAUCUCAUAAUGCAAGGACUUGGUAAACUCAAAGAGAAGAAGAUCAACUGCAUUCCAAACAACACCGAAAAGUACAUCUCCUUCUCCAUCGAUAAUAUGGAUUAUAUCGACUCCUACAAUUCAUGA